AGUUAUAAAUAUUUGUCGAAUAUCGAGAGUGAUAGCAACAAGCACAAAAGAUCAAAUCGAAAUUUAGUCUACCGUAUCACUAAUAUCAUUAUAUGAUCUCAAGUAUAUUUUGUAUAAAUAAAAGGAAGGUAUUUUAGAAUACCUUUAUUUGGUUUGUUGCAGUUGCAUACUUGAACAUUGACGAAAUAUGCAGCAGACAACUAUUUUUUUUUUUCUUUUCUUCUUCUUCUUCUCCGUCUCUUCCUCUACCAAUCCUCGAACCAGGGUGGCGGAUCCAGCGGCACAAUAACAUUUGCACCUAGCUUUCUCGCCAACAGGUCACUGAAGGAUCAGUGCUCCAUUGCCUGCCACUCAAUUACCCAUUCGAAAGUCAAGUAACACAUACAGAGCUUGGCCUAAUUUGCAUCCAUGUCUGUAAAUGGAAGCAAAUCCCUUCCAACCAAAAGCUGAGUGCUUGCUGGAUAUGGCGAUGUUCUUCAUUUUAUAUUUGAUAACGAAAUGGAUGAUGAAGAUGUCAAAAAGAAAGCUGCAACGAUAGCUAGCUCCGUGCCUCGCCUUCCCGCCACCAGGUCAACAAAGGAUCAGUGCUCCGUCGCAGCUCAGUUCCUUACUUAAACCACUUGAGAGCAAGCAACUCCAUGAAAAUUGCUGCUGAUCGCAAGCCAGUGUGAAACGAGCGAUCAACCUAAUUGGCUUCGAUGGCUGGAAAUGGAACCAACAAACACAGACAGCUUUGACAACAAAAGUGGAAAGGGGGAAAACCCCAUCAAUCGGAGCAGCUCCGGCAACGAAUCAGGCCGUUCUCGUUGAAAUCAAGGCUCCGCCGGAGCCUUUCUUCGUCUUCAUCGAACACCUUCUGCUUCAUGCUUCCAUUCAAGUGACAAAUUUAUCAAUAACCGAAGUUCAGUGAUUAGUUUGGUAGUAGCAAAAAGUUUGGGCAUCAAUGACACAAUUUGACCCGAAUAAUUAGACCAAGACCCGCGGCUCGGAGGCGCACUGACUGCAGCAGCUAUCUCAGUCUCAGCAGCUGCAUAGACGGCGGCAGAGGCAGAGAGUUAGAGAGGCGAGUCAGACGACGACGGCGACUUUUAACCGGUGAGAACAUGUCGGAGGUAGGAGGAGCCGUAGCGGUGGAGGACGGGGAGCGCCGCCGUCAAAGGACGCUGGAAGAGGCUCUCGAGGUCCAGUCUCUCCGCCGUAUCAUCAGCGCCUACCUCAACUAUCCUGAAGCAGCAGAAGAAGAUGUCAGAAGAUACGAAAGAUCUUUCAGAAAGCUUUCACCUGCACACAAGGCUUUACUACCUCACUACCCCAUGAAGUUUCAGAAACUACGUAGCUGUAUAGCUACGAAUUCUUAUUUCAUAUUCAACAUGCUUCAGGCUUUUGAGCCGCCUCUAGAUAUGAGCCAAGACAUGGAUUGUUGUGAUGACUUGCAUCACGAGCACGCAUCCGGACAUCAUUGUUUAUCAGAGCAGAGGAAUUCUUGCUGUUCGCCUGCUCCGGGUAGUGGAGCUAACUAUUGUUCCAGGCCUGAAGAGGCAUGCCAUGGAGAAGGGAGCCAUAUGCAUAAGAUGUCAACUGGAGAGCCUAUUAGUGAGGAAACCACAAUUGGAGGUUCCCAUGACUGUCCUGUGGACAAUGGCCGGAGUGGGGUGAAUGACGGAGCAACACUACAACAGGAACCUGAUGCCCCCGAGUCCAAUGGCGAUGCGAAUGCUCCCAAUGAUUGGUUGGAUCCAUCAAUUCAGUUGCAUGUUCCCCUUGUCGAUGUUGAUAAGGUCCGUUGUAUAAUAAGGAAUAUAGUUAGAGACUGGGCUGCAGAGGGACAAAAAGAACGUGAUGAAUGCUACAAACCUAUUCUUGAAGAACUAGAUUCUCAAUUUCCCCACCGUUCUAAGGAGAGGGCUCCUGCUUGUUUAGUUCCUGGUGCUGGACUUGGCCGACUAGCAUUGGAGAUUUCACGCUUGGGUUUUAUGAGUCAAGGAAAUGAAUUUUCUUACUACAUGAUGAUAUGCUCGAGUUUCAUUCUUAAUCAUGCUGAAACUGUUGGGGACUGGACAAUAUAUCCUUGGAUCCAUAGUAACUGUAAUUCACUUUCAGAUAGCGAUCAACUUCGUCCUGUGCCAAUACCAGAUAUUCAUCCUGCGAGUGCAGGGAUUACUGAAGGAUUUUCUAUGUGCGGUGGCGACUUUGUCGAAGUCUAUAGUGAUGCAAGUCAAGAAGGAUAUUGGGAUGCUGUGGUGACAUGUUUCUUCAUUGAUACCGCGCACAAUAUUGUAGAGUACAUCGAGAUCAUAUCAAAGAUUUUAAAAGAUGGAGGAGUCUGGAUAAACUUGGGUCCGCUUCUGUACCAUUUUGCAGAUAUGUACGGGCAAGAAGAUGAAAUGUCUGUUGAACUGAGCUUGGAGGACGUGAAAAGAAUUGCUAUACACUACGGGUUUGAGUUUGAGAAGGAGAAGACAAUCGAGACUACAUACACGACAAAUCCUCGAUCCAUGAUGCAAAACCAUUACUCGGCUGCAUUCUGGACUGCAAGAAAGCGUUUGAAAGCUACUACCGACGAGAGGCAGCCAACCAUACCAUAGUCAUUCAGGACAUUAACCAUCUGUAUCGAAGUCAUUCUGUAUGCUCUGCCUGGUUAAUUUUGAUGGUUUCGCCCAUCUUCUGGGUUGUACGAUGUAACUUAUGCAGGCCAAAUCUUUCAUAUCCUGCCGAUUUGAUGGAGCUUCUGCGGCAGUCUUAAACAGGAGCGAGCGUGUGAAAUUCGUUUGAUGUAGUUUUGAAGAACAUGUAAGCUAGUCAGAGUGCCAUUUUGUUAAUCCAGUUUGAUUUAGAGGGAUAAGUUUUGGAUGCUUCGUUUAAUUCACUUUUGAGAUCUAAUAAUCCAAUUG